AAAACCACAAAGACUAACAAGGCCAAAAGAGAAGAGAAGAAGAUAAGAUCGUUGUUCUAUGAUCCUGAAAUGGGAUUGAAAGAGCAACAAAAUUGUCUGAGUCAGAGGAAGAUCAUAGUUUUUAUAGUCUUAGCUUUUAUACCAAUAGCUCUGUUUCGACUCUGUUUUACUAAUCCUUUCUCCUCCAUUGAUGACACCUCUCUUCAAGAAUCUGUAGCUCACGUUGUGAUCACCAACUACUCUUCUUCUUCUUCUCAAGGUAAUAUUGAACUUAUUCAAUAUUGUGUAUAUGCAAACUCAGUGGAUUUAACUUUAGGGUUGGUGUCUAAAUCUGCAGAAGAAGAAACUCAAGAGAGUUAUGAUCAUAUAAAGGACGAACCUUUAUGCGAUUAUACAGAAGGGAAAUGGGUCAGAGACGAGAUUGGUCCAUUCUACAAUGGUUCGACAUGUGGAACAAUCAAGGAAGGUCAAAACUGUUUCCGCCAUGGUAGACCUGAUUCCGGUUAUCUUUAUUGGAAAUGGAAACCGAACCAAUGUGAUAUACCAAGAUUUGACUCGAACCGGUUUCUUGAUCUUAUGAAAGACAAGCAUCUAGCUUUUAUCGGUGAUUCCAUGGCUAGAAACCAGCUUGAGUCUCUUAUAUGCUUGCUCUCUACAGUGUCUAGCCCUGAUCUCGUGUAUAGAAACGGAGAAGACAAUAAAUUCAGAAGAUGGCGUUUCGAGUCACACAACGUCACGGUCUCGGUUUACUGGUCCCCGUUUUUGGUUGCCGGUUUGGAGAAAUCGGGAAACUUGGACCACAAUGUAUUGCACUUAGACCGCGUGGAUGAGAGAUGGGGCAAUGAUUUAGAACGUAUUGAUACAGUCGUAGUCUCCGUGGGACAUUGGUUUCUGCAUCCGGCGGUUUAUUAUGAGUCCGGUUCGGUUUUGGGAUGUCAUUCUUGUGAAGCAAGCAACUGUACAGAGAUAGGGUUUUACGAUGUGUUUAGAAAAGCGAUAAGAACAACGUUGAAGGCAGUGGUCGGAGGCCGCCGUGAGGUGAUCUUGACUACGUUUUCGCCGUCACAUUUCGAAGGCCGGCCUUGGGACAGUCUCGGUGCGUGUAAUAUGACGGAGCCAUACGAAGGGAGAGUGUUAGAAGGUUUGGACUUGGAUAUGCGGCAGAUAGAAAUGGAGGAGUUUACGGCAGCCAAAGCAGCGGCCGGGGAGAUGAGGUUAGAGGCGUUGGACGUGACAGCGAUGUCGGUGUUGAGACCAGACGGACAUCCUGGUCCGUAUAUGUACCCGUUUCCGUUCAAGAACGGUGUACCGGAGAGAGUUCAUAAUGAUUGUUUGCAUUGGUGUCUGCCUGGUCCGGUUGACACGUGGAACGAGAUUAUGAUCGAGAUGUUGCGGCGAUGGAAGGUUUAAAUGAUGAACAUUGAUUGUUGAAGAUCCUAUGAUAUCAUUCAUUUA